GUGAGAGUAACGAAAUCUUCUGGGAAAAUGUGUGGUAGAUGUGACUGAUUUAUUAAGUUUUGUUGGUUUUUUAUUUUUUGGACAUAGUGUUGUUUUUCUUUUUGGGUUUAAAAAGGAUUUUGGAUUUUUGUUUUAACUUUAAAAACAUUGUAUUAAAUAGAACUUUUUUUUGUUAAAAAAAAUGUUAACGGAUAUGACACCGACCGCCGGGCAACUGUAUGGUUCCCAAAUACCGGCAAUGUCAAUGAAUAUGAAUUUGAAUAAAUCAAAUGAGCACCCAAGUUUACGUGGUACACCAUUGGCUAUGCUCGCUGCUCAAUGUAAUAAAUUAUCAAGUAAAUCUCCACCACCGUUGGCAGAUGCUGCAGUUGGAAAAGGUUUCCAUCCUUGGAAGAAAAGUCCACAACAAGGUGGAGGUGGUAAUACUGGCUCACAUUCACCCGGUUUGUCAGUUAGUACAAAUUCAUCAACAAGUAAUACCGCUCCAACUUCUGGGACACUUUCGCUAGCUUCACAACGUUCGUUAGCUUCAGCAACAAGCGCAUCUUCAAUGGGUAACACAACAUAUACAACACGGCCAGUAAUGACAUCAUGUGCUUCGGCCGCAUCUACAGGCAGUUAUGGUAGUGAUCUAUAUUUUCCCGGUGCGACUACUUCACCGGCUGUAGCAGAUAACUCUCAUGUUCAUCAUCAUCAUCAAUCUUCGUUAUUAGGAAAAGUUGAAGGGGCAGCUACAGCCCACCAUGCAGCAUUAGGAUCCGUUUAUUCUCGACAUCCAUAUGAAUCCUGGCCAUUUAAUACAAUGUCAGGAGCCACACAUCAUAGUGCAAUUAAACCAGGCGAUACAGUUAAUGCCACUGGAACAUGGUGGGAUGUACAUUCUGCUGCAACAGCUGCUGGAAGUUGGUUAGAUAUGAGUGGAGCAGCUGGUAUGCAUGCUCAAAUGGCUGCAGCUAAUUAUGCAGCUACUACUGAUUAUUCAUCACUAACACAUUCGUUAGCAUCAAAUACAGCGGCUCAUCACUUAUUGUCCUCUGGUCAACAUUUAUUACAAGAUACAUACAAAUCAAUGCUUCCCAGUGCACAGUCUGUAGGAGCAUCCUUUGGAUUACAUCAUACGCCAUCAACACCGAGUCCAACUUCGGGAGCAACAUCACUUCCACCUCAAGUUCCUUCACCACGAUCACAGCGACGAUAUACAGGUCGUGCAACUUGUGAUUGUCCUAACUGUCAAGAAGCAGAACGUCUUGGACCAGCUGGAGUACAUUUACGAAAGAAAAACAUACAUAGUUGCCAUAUUCCAGGUUGUGGUAAAGUUUAUGGUAAAACAUCACAUUUAAAAGCACAUUUACGAUGGCAUACCGGAGAACGACCGUUCGUCUGUAACUGGUUAUUUUGUGGAAAACGAUUUACUAGAUCCGAUGAAUUACAGCGUCAUUUAAGAACGCAUACAGGAGAAAAACGUUUUGCGUGCCCCGUAUGCAAUAAACGAUUUAUGCGUUCUGAUCACUUAGCAAAACAUGUUAAAACGCACAACAGCAAUAAUAAUAAGAAAGGUAGUUCCGAUUCAUGUAGUGAUUCAGAGGAAAACAGCCAAUCAGAUUUAGCGAAUAAUGUGAAUUCACCACAAUCCAUAAAUCAUACACCACCACCGGCACCUUUGGGUAAUUUAGAUAUGUCCAGUUUGGAUGUAAAGCCACCAGGUCUCGUUUGAGGCCGGUGGGGUCCGACGCUUUUAUAUCAUCAAUAUCAUGCAUAAGGCGUCGGGGCCCACACACUGUAUAGUGGCUAUGUAGCGGCGCCCUAAUGUCGCUAAAAUCAUGUAAUUAAACAAAAAAUAUUUAUCAAAAGAAGCAAAAGUAUAGUUUUUAUUUGAAUAUCUAAGUCGUAUCACAUAAAUUAAAAUGGUGAUCGUAUUAAUUUUUUUAUUAAUGUAAAUAAUUAUUAUAAAUCUGUGACUUAAUAUUACUUUACAGUUAUUAUUUUCUUUUUGUUCUUUUUAUUUUUAUUUUUUUACUUUUUAUUUGU